AUUGCGAUCGCAAGCAGUCGCUUGCCACGUAGCCACCAGAAGUUUCUUGCGCAAAUUUGCGUUCAAUCCGGGAACCAAGGACGCGUUUGGAAAAUACUCCGCACGAGUUCAAGAGUGUUUGUCUCGAGUUUGCUGUUCGGAAACUCAAGAGUCCACCUAAACGGAGUGCCAGUGUGCGCACUCGGCGCCUCGGCUUGGCACAAAGUGCGCUAGUGCUGGCUGCUUUCCGAAAUGAGCAGGAAGUAGACCGCGCGGUGCCUUUUUAAUCUGAGUGCAAAUUUCCCAGCGUAUUCGAGAAGUCAUAGGUGACCCAUCCCUCGCACGGAGAACUCGAUCCGAAUAACGUUUUGCCUCCGUUUGCAGUCACUCGAAGUCGUUUUAUUAGACGUUUAACGACACUUGUUCCUAGCUGCCUCUAACGGUUUAUUUGGCGCUGUUUUCAGAGCUUAUAGCUGCUGUUAGCCUAGCCGCUCGUUCGCGUGCUAGCUGGAGGGCCUUUGCGAUGGACGGCAAACAAGCAAAGCGAUCGCAGGCGGACGAAAGCCAGCAGCCGUCGGUAAGAGGGACAAAUGGGCGAAACGAAGACGCCCGUGCGCGCUACUGACUACUGAAUUGGAGAGGACGACGCUCGCACAUGGCCGUCAGUUAUACAGACCCACAGGUGUCCAUGGACCUCCUGAGAGCGGUCCUUCAACCCAGCUUCAACGAUGACAUCAUGGCCGUGUUCCGAAAAUACCACAAGUUCUUUGAGAAGGCGGCGCAUAACGUGAAGGAGAAUAUUGGUGAUGAGAUGCACGCAGAUCAGCUCAUCAAGGAAGCAUGCAGGAAUGUUCUGGAACAUGCCAAAGUUUUGUUUGCCGAAAGUGAGUCAAAGAAGCCGAGUUGCGAGGUCAGCGUCAAGCGUCCUCGAGGUUGCGAAGAAAGCAGCAGCCAGAAGAGCAGUCCGGUUCACAAAAAGAGGAAGAACCGCGCAAGCGGCGCCGUAGCGUCUGACCGAUCAUUGAACAUCUCCGCUCACGUGAAGGCAAAGUGUGAAGCCAUCAAGAAAGAAGGACCAAAGUGGGAGCCGUCCAGACUGAAUGAAAGCAGCACUUUUGUUUUGGGGUCCAGAGCUAACAAGGCAUUGGGAAUGGGCGGGACCAGAGGACGAAUCUACAUCAAACAUGCUGACCUUUUCAAGUACGCGGCGGACACCAGGGAUAAGCAGUGGCUGGCCGAGCGUCAUCACAUGAGGGCGACGGGCGGCAAGAUGGCCUACCUGCUUAUCGAAGAGGACAUCCAGGAUCUGGCGCGCGGUGACGAUUACAAGGACUGCCCGGAUGUGAAGUUGGAGGAGAUGAAGCCCUUCUCUGUUCCUCUCUGGAUGGUGGAGAAGAUGCAGAGGGCCAUGGAGGCGCAGAGGGACAUGGAAUUCUGAAGCGCAAGUUGCCAGCUCCUCCAUGUGUAUUAAAAAACAAAAGCCAAAAUGUCAAAAGUCGCUUGUGCUGCUCCAAGUGUGUGAGUCUCGGGCUCCCUCUAGUGCAGGGGUGUCCAAACUUUUUGCAAGGAGGGCCAGAUUUGAUAAAGCAAAGGGGCCCAGGGGCUAAUAGUUUUUUCGGACAUUUCAACUACAAAAAUGUCAUGCAAAUACACACUGUUAUAAAACAAA